GUGACCCCAAUCACAUGCACCACUUGGCGGUGCCUAAAUCAGGACCAAAUUGCAAAAGUUACUGCACUGAACUUGGCCAAACUUUCAUCGAAUAACAAGUCAAUUAGCUGGGCUGCCUAUAUAAGGAGCAUUACUGGCCAGGAUGUGUUUCAAAAGUAGUAUCCACCAUGUCCAAGUGGUUUCGCUUUCUGCAACGCGAUCAACAGCUGGAUGUGUACUUUUUUGCAGUGCCCCGCUUGAGUUUAAAUAUAAUGGGCUAUUGGCCGGGAAAAAGUGGGGAUACGUUGCCCUGGAGAUCGCUGAUUCACUUCGUGAUCCUGUCGAUUGGCGUGGCGACCGAACUCCAUGCUGGUUUGCGUUUUCUACACCAACAGCAGAUUACCUUGGCCCUGGAGACCCUCUGUCCAGCUGGAACCUCGGCGGUCACGCUGCUCAAGAUGUUCCUCAUGCUGCACUAUCGCCAGGACUUAUCGACCAUGUGGUACCGCCUGAGGAGCCUGAUUUUCGAUCCCAACUGGCAGCGAUUGGAGCAACAGGACAUCCGGAUGAGCUACUCGGUCAUGGCGGCCCGCAUCAACUUCUGGCCACUGUCGGCCGGAUUCUUUACCUGCACCACAUACAACUUGAAGCCCAUCCUGAUCGCAAUGGUCCUGUGCCUCCAGAAGCGUUGCGAGGAAUUCGUCUGGUUUACACCCUUCAAUAUGACAAUGCCCAACGUUCUGCUCAGCUCUCCGUUUUUUCCCCUGACCUACAUAUUUAUUGCCUACACGGGCUAUGUGACCAUCUUUAUGUUUGGAGGCUGUGAUGGAUUUUAUUUCGAGUUCUGCGCUCACUUAUCAGCUCUUUUCGAAGUGCUGCAAGCGGAGAUAGAAUCAAUUUUUACGCCCUACAAAGAUCUUUUGGAACUGUCGCCAGUGCAGCUGUAUACGUUAGAGCAGAAGAUGCGCUCUGUAAUCAUUCGACACAAUGCCAUUAUCGAUUUGGCCAGAUUUUUCCGGGAGCGCUAUACUGUUAUCACGCUGGCUCAUUUCGUUUCCGCCGCCAUGGUGAUUGGAUUCAGCAUGGUGAAUCUCCUCACGCUGGGCAAUAAUGGUCUGGGUGCCAUGCUCUAUGUGGCCUAUACGAUUGCCGCUUUGAGCCAACUGCUGGUUUACUGCUAUGGCGGAACUCUGGUGGCCGAAAGUAGCACGGAGCUGUGCCAGGCUAUGUUCUCGUGUCCGUGGCAACUUUUUAAGCCUAAACAACGUCGCCUCGUUCACCUUUUGAUUCUCAGGUCGCAGCGUCCCAUUUCGAUGGCAGUGCCCUUCUUUUCACCCUCCUUGGCCACCUUUGCUGCGAUUCUUCACACUUCGGGCUCUAUUAUUGCGCUGGUCAAGUCCUUUCAGUAAAUGGUAAAUGCAUCAAGCGCUCCUAUGCAAUAGAAAGUUAGCAGGAGGUAAUCUACCCCUUUUCAAGCCCACCAUAUCGCACAUCU